UCCAGCUACAAGGAUGCUUUCGAUGACUUCAAGGAGAAAAGCAAGAAGCACACACACUACAAGCCUAUACUGAUCGCAAACAUUAACAACUGCUGGAAUUUUAGAGACUAUGCAGAGAAGAACAUCUCAGAAGAGGACGACAGUAAAGCCAGUAUCCUCAGCAUUCUUGGUGACAUUGAAAACAGCGUCUUUGACGUGCUGCUUCAGCAGCUGUUUAUCAAACUGAAGCCAAUUUAUAAGAGGUUUACAGAAAAUAAGUGGGACUCCAGCAAUGAAAUUAUGAAUGAGAUCAUUAAAACCACCAGCAAACAUAUUUCAGACUUCCGGACCCUAAAGGACCCUUUCUACCAUGCUAUCAUCGAGAAGAUCCACGCCCGUUUGGUUAAAGAGUACAUUGUGAGGCUGCUAAAGAGGAAAAUCAGCCUGAAAACUCCAGCACAACAGCAAAACCUGGCCCAGCACAUCUCCAAGAAUGCUGCUGACCUGGAAGCCUUCUGCACCAGCAAUGGGUCUCAAGCCACAUGGCUGAAUUCGGCACUCCCCAAACUGGCUGAAAUCAUCCGGCUUCAGGAUUUAGGUGCUAUUAAAAUUGAAGUUGCAACACUUGCCACAACGUACCCAGAUAUCCGCAAAAGGCACCUGGAAGCAUUCCUGUACAUCAAAGCAAAUUUGUCACGCAGCGAACUCAAAAGCAUCCUGGGCUACUUGGCAGACAGCACGGCAUCCACGCCUCCCGGGGCCCCACUCUUCUCCAGCAUAAACAUGUCCUAG